AUGUUAACCCCUUCCCCCCUCAAAAAACGUGUCAUUUUCCCUCCCACCAUCGAACAAUGCGAUCCUGAUGACAUCUUUUUACAAUCGCCUUUCAGAUCCCCGCCCCCCGUCCACCGCCUCUACCCCCUCCAUAUGUCGAAACCCCAACCCAUCUCCAUCGACGACGACGAAGGCGGAAUUUUUCUGGCUUCCUCGUCUGCCCCGCACUCAUCUCCUUUCUUCCCGGCCUCAACGUCACAGCCUCUGCGUACCCCCGUGAAACAGGCCCAUCGCGUCCACUCUCGCCCCGCCCUCUCGACUAGACCGGCAAACGCUCAAUCAGCGUUCAAGACGCCCGCUUCUGCCUGCAUCGGUUCAGAAACUAGAGUGGGAGUGGGGACGAAGAGAAAAUCAACGCCUCAUACGACGAGCUUCUCCACGCCCCUUCGCCAGCGUGCCACGACCCCUCUCUCCAUAUCUGCGUCAAAGACUCUGGAGACCUCUUCUGGCAUGGCCUUUCACCGUCUCGCACCGCUUCCUGCCCCUCGCUUCGUGGCACGAACACCGCAAACGAAAGCAGAGACGGAGGCUUAUGUAAAGAGACAGGCGGAGACUAUGACGAGAUUGAAUUUGCGUGAUAUCGAUCACCCGAGAGAGAAGUGGGAUUUCGAAGAUGAUGAUUCUGGAAUCGAGGUCGGAGACGAUGAGGACGAUAGGGGAGACGAGCUGUUCUUGGACAGAUUACCGGAGAUUGGACGUAGCAAGCCAAGAUCAAUCAGUCCGAAGAAGCCCUUGAAUAUCGACGUCGUAAAGAGAGGAAACGGCAAAGAAGAAGUAGCAGAAGCCAUUUCACCAGGUGGGCAUAUAAUCAAGCGUCGCGCUCGGUCAAGGCCGGUGUCACUAGAGUUACUGGAGAGCAUUCACCAAACGCCGUCACCCCCAGCUUCAUCUUUGCCUGAUCCCGCCGUUGUACAACGUACAUGUCCUCCAAGAACCGCGAAGGCUGCCGUAGCAUUCCCUUCGGUCGCGCGAGAUCAUGCGCGCAAUUCCUCAGCGUCGUCUUCGGAAGCGGGUUCGCCUCGUCCUCGGCGCCGACUGACAGGUAGCAGCGGUCCACGCCCACCAGUUAUACAGUCGAGAUCAUCGGAUUCUGUCCCACCACGAGCUCCCAUGAGUCGAUUAGCUAGCUCCAGCUCGGCAACGUUAUUCUUUGGCCCUGCCAUUACACCUGUAGAUCCCCCAACCCCAAGUUCUCCAGCUCCCGGAAAACUUCGUUCUCGCACUAGCUCUAGUAUUCUGAGUUUGGCUAAACAUCCCCAUGCUACUCUACGGCUACGUUCUUCCCGACCCCGAAUGUCGAAUCGACAUAGUUAUGCAGGACCUGGAAGCGCGAGUCUAUCUCCUCUACCAUGGACGCUCCGUUCGUCGACGCUAGACUCUUUUUCGCCAAAUUCUUCUCCAGCAUCUUUGCCUCGCAGGGAGGAGGAUACGGACGAUGACGAGAUGACGAUGUUCGAAUCUGGCGGACCGCCAGAUUCUUCAUUUGUGUUUAGUGUGACGGAAGGCACGCCUUCGCCGAGAUCGAAGAGGGAGACGUUGGCUACUAAAUUCAAACCUCGAGAUUCAGGCGUGGUUCUCACUGACGAUGAGGACAUGGGAACUGGCAGUGAUUUUUUGGCCGCUAUGCCUAGAGCAUCGACGAGCGUGAGCUCGAUAUACUCUGAUGCGAAUGAUGAUCUGGUCACGCCUGGAGUUGCACCUGGUGCUACGUCGGGCUGGCCAGGUGCAGUCGUCGUCGACGGAUGGGACGACUGCGACCGAAGUUUUGGCCGUCCGAGAGAAGACGGCGUGGACGUGGACGCCUUCAUCCUCCGCACACUCGCCGCAGGCGGGAAAGUCUCUGCGGAGGAAAACAAGAAGCCCCCCGGAACGCCUGUGAAGAAGAUGAAGACGAGCCACUUGGCGGGGAACCGACCCUGGCAGAGUGCCGUGGCUGCGAAGGUGGGGUUCAACUUUGGGCUCGACCUUGCUCCUGCUGGGAAAUCGAAGAAUGGGCCCAGGAAGAGUUUGCCGGCGGCGUUGUCGGCGCUUGGGCCCAAGAGGGGGAAGAUGGGGUUUAAUGAUUCGGAUACGGAUGAGGAGCAGGAGAAUAGUCCGAGUUCGAGGAAGGAGAGUAAAUACGAGGGACUUGGACUUGGUCGGCCGCCUUCGUUUAAUGGGCCUUCUGGCCCGGUGUCUCGAACGCGAUGGUUGAUGCGCCGGAGUAGCAGUGGUGCAUUUUCCAGCGGUAGUGAAGUAUCAAUGGGUACGCCUACCGGUCGUAAAGACUGGAACCUUCCACCACCUCGCAUUCCAUCUCAGUUGUCCCCUGCUAAGAGUGCCAAGAACACGUUCUCUCGAUCGUCAUCCAACAGCUCUGUCGUCACGCUAAACUCUCCAACGAUGGCGUCGCGGACGUUGCCUGCGCCCGGCUCCAUUAAGCGGCCUCCUGGGUCUCCUCUGAUAAGACGAGACGACGUGGCUUCGGAGCAUGAUCGGGCUGGUCGGUUUGAGAGGGAGUUUGUGGAGAUUGAGCAAGUAGGGAGCGGUGAGUUUGGCAAGGUGAUGAAGGUGCGAGGGAAGAACGGGCCUAUGAAUGAAGUGUAUGCUGUCAAGAAGUCGAAAAGGUUUGAAGGCUCGCGACACCGACUACGACUGCGGGAAGAAGUGGAUGUCUUGCAACAUCUCGCUCAGGCAGCGGCGGCCGACGCAAAUAGCUCACAAGGGCAACAUCCCAACGUACUGGCGUAUAUCGAUAGCUGGGAACAGGACGAGGCACUGUACAUCCGGACUGAACUGUGCGAACUGGGAAACUUUGCGCGAUUCCUGUGGGAGUAUGGCAGGGUGUUUCCCCGGUUGGACGAGGCGAGGGUGUGGAAAAUCAUGGUGGAUUUGAGUAAUGGCCUGAGGUUUAUUCAUGACUCAGGGGUUAUCCAUCUUGACUUUAAGCCUGCGAACAUAUUUGUGACUGGGGAAGGGCGGUUCAAGAUUGGAGACUUUGGGAUGGGAUCUGUGUGGCCGAGGGUGAAGAGCGGGGGCCAUGGGAUGGGAGUGGGGGUGGGUGGAUUUGAGAGGGAGGGUGACAAGGUGUACUUGGCUCGUGAAGUGCUUCAGGGGAAGUACGGCAAGGCUGCCGACAUGUUCAGCUUUGGUAUGACGAUGUUGGAAACGGCUACUAACAUUGUGGUACCUGAUCAGGGCGAGGCGUGGCACCGAUUACGACAAGAGGAUUUUAGUCUGGUUGAUCUGGACGGGAGCCCGGAGCUGUUUGAGUUGAUCAAGAGGAUGAUGCGAACGGAGCCGGGGGAUCGGAUUGAGAUUGAGGGAGUGUGUGGGCAUGGAGUGGUAUCGAGGGCUCGAGGGGUGAUGGAGCGCACGUAUAUGGAGGCCAAGGUAAUGGGGACGUCUGUGUUUGCAGCGUCGCCGUUGGCAGGCGUGGGGAGUGGGUUUCUGGAGGAGAUUCUUGGGGCGAGGGUUGGUUGUGAGGAUAUGGCGAUGGACGAGAGUAUAUGAGAAAAGUGAAUAUGAGUGGGGAUUGUAGGAUUCUUGGGACAUUUGUUGCUAUAACAUAUAAUCUCUAUAGGGACGGUACAUUUUAUAUUUUGUUGAGUAGCUAGUGUUGAUUUGCAGGGUUGUGAUAUAUGAAAAAGGCUAGGCUCGGAGUGAUGAUCCCCGCACUGGGCUUGAGCUUGCAG